CCUCCUCCUUGUAUCUUCUUCCAGGAAUUUCGCCCCCAACCCCGGUCCUUCUUACUGCCCUCCAUCACACUGCUUGGACCUAACAUCAUCCUGCUUUGCCCUGUCCACCGCCAUCCACCAUUAUCUCCGCAAUCUCAACUGACACUUACCACCUCUUUGGCUGCUUUCGACUUCCAACAAGCAGUGGCCCUCCUUUAGAGCUCGAGAAGCGGUUAUCCAAAGCAUUUCUUUCUUCGCUCUCUCGCCGUCAUCUUUGAGGAUUUGAGGUUCGGACAACUUCUGACCAUUUCCCUUCCACCGCCAUACUCCCGGUGCCAAAAUAUCGGGCUCGUUUUGACUUAACCCUUUAACUUCUCACAACUUCCCGCUGUCCAUCCCCCUUCUGCCGGCUGCUCCUUUGGUUCGUCAUCAUCGUCAGUUGCAAGAGUUCAACCGACGACGGCGUUGAAUCAUCGGGACUGCCCACACCUCAAAUUUUAGGACGCUUGAUUUGAACUGGAAAUGUCUACUCCCUCCACCGCUUCAGCCGUCCUACCUCCCCUCAGUCACUACCGUUACGACUACACUCGAGAUCACCAUCGCGUUCUCCAUCCUCCUCCUCACGCUCAUCUCUUGAAUCGUACACAUCUCGCCAGUCCUAUUUACCACUCUCCCGUGCCUGUGACAACCGCUUCGACCCCUACCAACUCUUCUUUUUCUUCGUCGACGAUCUCGGCUAUGGCUUCCUCUAGGACCCAGCCUUCGGUGAAGAGGAAUCGUAAUCGGACUCCUAACUGGGAAGAUUUCUAUAAGAACGGGCUCCCCAAGGAGGUUAUUGUCAUUGACGAUUCUCCCCCGCCAGAGUCGGGCCACUUAGGUGCCAACACCAACAGCAAACACUCGCAACCAUCCAGCUCAUCCCGUGUAGUAGCAGCCAAUGGACAUCAGUAUCCUUCCACAAAUAACAUUGCUGGAGGUGCGUAUGGCCCUCGCCACGCCGACAAGAAACGAAAGGUUCAGACAUCGCAAUACGAACCUUCAUAUACCAGCCAGCAUCAGCACUCUUACUCUUCUACCCAAACCCCUCACGCUAAUUUUGGGUCUCCUACCACCAUUUCUGCUACUUCCAGCACAGUUAGUGUCAAUGGUAAUUCAACUGCUGGUACAUCACUCGGAUCAAACGUAGGGGCAGGGCCUUCUUAUUCUGGAGCAUCAUUAGCUUCGAUCAAUGGCCAGAAACGAAAGAGAGUAACAAGGGCCAGCCAGGCGGCGGCGGCGGCUGCGAACAAUGGGUUAGAUCCUUAUUCUAGCUAUCACCCUCCCCCAAGGCCUCCUAUCAAAGCGAAGGAUGUGUAUGUCCAGCCAAUUCCAGAUCCCGGUAGACAUCCGACUGGGAGGGUGGAUGAUGACGAUGGUCACUACAUUAUCAAUCUCGAAACCGAUUUGACACCGCGAUACCGAAUUACCAAACAACUUGGCCAAGGAACUUUUGGCAAAGUUGUAGAGGCAUAUGAUCGUGUUAAGAAAACUAAAUGCGCUAUUAAGGUCAUCAGAUCAGUUCAGAAGUAUCGGGAUGCGUCCCGAAUCGAGUUGAGAGUGCUUGCGACCUUAUCUUGCAAUGACAAGGAAAAUAGGAAUAAGUGUAUCCAUUUGAGAGAUUGCUUUGACUACCGCAAUCACAUAUGUAUCGUCACCGAUUUGCUCGGGAUGAGCGUAUUCGACUUUUUGAAGGGAAAUUCAUUCGCACCAUUUCCAAACAGUCAAAUCCAGAGCUUUGCUCGCCAGCUAUUGACUAGUGUUGCAUUUCUUCACGAUCUGAACCUCAUUCAUACCGAUCUUAAACCGGAAAAUAUUCUCCUCGGCCGGACCCGCCGUGUUCUCUUGGACACGGAUAUUCGUCUAAUUGAUUUCGGAUCCGCUACGUUUGAUGAUGAAUAUCAUUCGAGCGUGGUUUCUACCCGCCACUACCGUGCGCCCGAAAUUAUUCUGGGCUUGGGUUGGAGUUUCCCAUGUGAUCUCUGGAGCAUCGGGUGUAUUUUGGUGGAAUUUUACACUGGCGACGCUCUUUUUCAAACCCAUGACAAUCUUGAGCACUUGGCAAUGAUGCAGGCUGUUGUUGGACAAAAGAUCGAUACGAGGCUUAUCAGAGCAGUAGCGGGGACUGGAAGAACUGCGGUGUCCAACGCGGUUUCGAGAUAUUUCAAAGGAACCCGGCUCGACUAUCCCAACGAUGAGACAACAAGAGCCAGUAAAAAAUAUGUUCACGCUAUGAAGCCUCUCCCGGAUAUCAUCCAACCGACCACGAACUUCAACAAGCAGUUUUUCGAUCUUCUCAAAAGGAUAUUCGUUUACGAUCCUAACAAGCGCAUCACUGCCAAGGAGGCGCUGAAGCACCCAUGGUUCCGCGAGGUUGUGCAGGAUGAGGGAACUGAAGCUACAAAGUUGAGACUGGAGAGACAGGCGGAGCGGCUGGCAGCAGCGGCGACAUUAUCACGUGGAGAGGGGUACUGAUAAUAGCUGCCAUGCAUGCGCACUUUGCGCCUAAUCUUGAUGAAGGAUAUCUUUGCCAUAUCUAUUCCGCUGGAAAGUUUGCAAUAAAAUGACUACAGCAGCCUUCGAUUGCCAACGUUGCUCGGUUUAUAUUUCUUAACCAAAUCUUUGCUUUUUGUCUGUGGAUGAUGGGUGGACGAUUUCAUUUUGGGUUCUCCUUGCAUGGAAUUUCAUCGGAUAGAUCAUAUUGUUUCACUAUAUCAGGGGUUGUCUAAUUUGCAGUCCCUUUGGCUAUUCCUGUUUCUCUCUUUUUGUUGCCUUCGCCAGGGGGGUUGUCUUGAGCCUCCCCAUGGAGCUUCCUAGCAAAGCACUGGCUCUAGACCAGUGCUCAUGAUUGGCAGAUGAAAGAAGGAGGCUCUUUGUUUAGUAACGAUGGGUAUGCAGCAAGGAUGCAUAUAUUCUUAGGAAGGGAGUGGUGGGGGGGGGGUAAACGGCGUAUAUUCUUCGGUGUCUCUCGUUGGUCAUAGGUCUUGAAUGUCUGGGUUUGUAUGAAUGGGAGGGAUUUGAGCCUUUUCUUUUGUUUUCCGACUACCCUUAUCUUCUGUUCUUCUUGCUUUCUUUUCAAUUCUAGCUCUUUCUGUCUGUCUGGUGUUAAUCUUCUCUCUCCUACUGCCUACCUAUAUUGUUCAUAGUCUGUGAAUGUGGAUAUGGUGCCCAAGGGUGAAUUUGGACACCAGGGCGCAAGAGAGGGAAUAUCACAUUUGCUAUGGCAGAUCAUAUCCGUCAAAUCUA